AACUGCAAGAGGGAAGUGUGUGAGGACGGAGAAUAGGGCAUGGAGAUUUGAGGAGGAUUUAUGACUGGUUCAUGCCUUGCAUUUCUCCUCUCCUCUACAUCAAGUGUCUUUGCCCAUUCAACACAAGCGCUGCGAUUGCCUGAGUAGAGCUCACACUGACACAGCGCUCACCAAGUUUGAUUGUGUUUUUGGUGGCCGCAUGAAAAACUCGAUAAGGUUUGCUCGCCCCUCGCUUUAGAUCUAAAAGCCGAAGACGGUCCCCUCUCCUCCCGUCAUAGUCCUUCAGCACGUAACCUGCUUCUGAGGAAGCUGACACCGUCCCCCUCCUCCCUAUAUCUAACGAGGAUGGGACACAGAGCGUGGAGUAUUUGAGGGUGAUUUUCGCCAGCUUGAGCCUGCGCCCCUCCUCUUCUCCAUAUACAGCAGCCUUACCUGUUCCGUGGCAAUUGACGGCUCUGGCACACUGCAUUCGUUCACAGUGGUUUAUGUCAGGGAUACUUUGUCACUGGGCUACAUUAGUGGACAUGUAUUAGUGGCAGCCUUACCUGUUCCGUGGCGAUUGACGGCUCUGGCAUGCUGCAUUCGUUCACAGUGGUUUAUGUCAGGGAUACUUUGUCACUGGUGGACAUGUAUGCGCUCAGGUUAGACGUUUACCGUUUACCGUAGUGUUCACCAUGCUGGCGUGCCUCAGAGUUUCGCUGCCCGUGCCAUUCUUCCAGAACAGCGUAUUAUGGCUCCCUAUUCAGUGAGAGUUCAAGUCUCUGGCACUGUCGCCUUGCUGUGCUUAUUAAACACGCUUCCUGUUAACCCCCUCCAUUGCGAGCCGGGAACAGAGUGUGUCAUUUCCUCUGUAACGCAGGAUGGUUCGGCCUGUUUUGACUAUGGUUGGCAACAUGCCAGGAGACGGCCUUGUUAGGUGCCUCCAUGUCACCUAAUAGCCAUCUCGCUUUCCCCGCCGCUACGAGCUGGGAACGAGUUAGUGUCUUGACACAGAUAAUUUAAAUGCCUGUUUGAACUGUUGUUGACGCUGUGCUGCAAUGCAGAGAUUUUAAAUGCCUCAAUAUCGCCUAAUAGCCCUCUCACUUUCCCUGCUGUUGUGAGUCGGAUAUGAGGUUCUGCUACGUGCUCGAGCGCGACUACUUGCUACGAUUCCCAAGGCUGCCACCUUGUUUCAGCCGUUAUGUCCUCCACUGUAACAGAUAUUAAAUCUCCUCACAAAACACACGAUAGAGAUGGCAUCAGCGGACAAUGCCCACAGCGGAUUCCACAGCCGUUAUUUUCUAGUCACCAAGAAGGACAGAGGAUUACAUCCCAUUUUGGAUCUGAGAUGCUUGAACCGAACACUCAUGAAGUUUCCGUUCAAAAUAAUUACUCAGAAACAAAUUAUGUCUCACGUUUGUCCUAUGGACUGGUUUGUAUCGAUCAAUCUGAAAGAUGGUUACUUUCACAUACCCUUAGCCCCUCAUAACAGGCCAUUCUUGAGAUUUGCCUUUGAGGGGACUGCUUACCAGUUCAAAGUCCUGCCUUUUGGCUUAUCCCUGGGUCCUCGCACAUUCCCGAAAUGUGUCGAUGCGGCGCUCGCUCCGCUGAGGCUGAGCGACAUUUGCGUUUUGAAUUACCUCGAUGAUUGGUUGCUCUUAGCAGACCUCUUGUUCAGAGGAACACGCUUGCAAACACAGAGACCUGUUUGGGAUUGAAAGUCAAUUUGUCAAAGAGUAUGUUAAUGCCCAGCCAUCAGAUUUCAUUCCUGGGCAUGAAUCUCAACUAAUGUCUCCUACACACUACACGACUUUCAGAGAUGUCGGAUUGUGGUACCGUUCAUAUUACACAACUGUCUGUCUUGUCAUGGAAGUCGUAGGGUUUUCAAAUUACAUGAGGAAUCGGCGACAGGGAUGAACACAUUACAAAACAUUUCACUAUUGACGAAUCUCCGACGACUCUGCCUGGACUCCAAAUUAUGCUUCACAACAGAGUACACGCGAGAAGUAAUAUGAGAUACGAAAACAAAUUCAUGAUCAUAUGUUAUGCAUUUCAGAAUAUGAUGUGUAUGUUUUUAAUCGCCUUCACAUAAUGUGUAAAGGCAUCAUAUAUUUUAUUGGUUACAAUAUGAAAUCUACCUAUUUGCUUACCUGACUGUCCAAGAGAAUUGGCAAUUUCUGUCCAACUCUUCUCUUUCUCCAGCCGGUUGUGAUACAGUUCAGAGGAAACAUCAAAUAGGCACCGGUGCUCCUGCCAAUGUUCCACUAAUUUUUCUUCCAUUUCUUCGGUCCAGUGAGACUUUCUUGAUACCGCAGCCAUGCUAGUUGAUGUUCUGUUGCAGGUACAUCAGGACUCCUCCCACUGAAACUUCCCGUGCCCCGUUUUUUGCUCUCUCAUUGACUGUAGGUCAAUGCUGCAGUUGUAUUCAGGCAAAACACAUUUCACAUUGCACGAUUUGGAAUCGCAGACAGGUCCAGAUAUUUAACAUGCUAGAUAUCUCGCUGACAUCGGCAACGCGUUGGCACCUCUCUCAGAUCGCGUCUUUGAUAAUUCAUACAUUUCGUUCGUCGCUCAUGGGAGCGAGCUCUGAUUUGCCUAUGAUUUCUGGCUUUUGUCGGCGAUCUCCACAAAACUGUCGGCGAGUGAAAAUCGGUCCUAAAAUCGUGUAGUGUAAACUCGGCAUAAGUCUCUAUGAUGCCGCGCUUGACAGAAGAAUGCUUUCAUUCCACUCACCGGUGUUUGAACAUAUUCAAGCUGGGAAAAACGUUUCCAUUUAAGCUUUCUCAACAAGCCCUGGACCUCAUGGCCUCUGCAACAGCGGUCACCCCACUGAGAUUACUGCAGAUGAGACUACUUCAGUGCUGGCUCAGACUGAAAGUACCCCAAUAUUCAUGGCGACAUGGCCGCUUAUGUCUUGUGGUAACACCACUGUCUAGCUGCGUUAACCAUUUGAAAAACGCCCACAUUCUAUCAAACGAGCAUGGCACUUGGACAAGUGUCCAGAUACAAAGUGGUCAAGACGGAUGCAGGAGAAGUGAAUAACAUUUAUUAUCUCAUUACAAUGGCACCUGUCAAGGGGUGGGAUAUAUUAGGCAGCGAGUGAACUGUCAGUUCUUGAAUUUCAUGUGUUGAAAGCUGGAAAAAUGGGCAAGAAUAAGGAUCUGAGCAACUUUGACAAGUGCCAAAUUGUGAUGGCUAGACGACUGGGUCAGAGCAUCUCCAAAACGUCAGGUCUUUUGGGGUGUUCUCGGUAUGCAGUUGUUAGUACCUACCAAAAGCGGUCCAAGGAAGGACAACCGGUGAAUCAGUGACAGGGUCAUGGGCGCCCAAGUCUCAUUGAUGUGCGUGAGGAGCGAAGGCUAGCCCGUCUGGUCCAAUCCCACAGAAGAGCUACUGUAGCACAAAUUGAUGAAAAACUUAAUUCUGGCCAUGAUAGAAAGGUGUUAGAACACAGAGUGCAUCUUAGCUUGCUGCGUAUGGGGCUGCUUAGCUGCAGACCGGUCAGAGUGCCCAUGCUGACCCCUGUCCACUGCCAAAAGUGCCUACAAUGGGCACGUGAGCAUCAGAACUGGACCAUGGAGCAAUGAAAGAUGGUGGCCUGGUCUGAUGAAUCAUGUUUUCUUUUAGAUCAUGUGGACGGCCGGGUGCAUGUACAUUGUUUACCUGGGGAAGAGAUGGCAGCAGGAUGCACCAUGGGAAGAAGACAGGCCGGCGGAGGCAGUGUGAUGCUCUGAGCAAUGUUCUGUGCUGCAACAAGAUCAACAAUUCUGAUCCAUGGAGGCCCCACCUCGCAACUUACAGAACUUAAAGGAUAUGCUGCUAACAUCUUGGUGCCAAAUACCACAAGACACCUUCAGAGGUCUUGUGGAGUCCAUGCCUCUACGGGUCAGAGCUGUUUUGGCGGCACGAAGGAGACCUACACGGAGCGGUUCAAGAGAGAGGAUUCUAAAGCACAUCCAGCUAUUUGUCUUCCUCUGGUGGACAAUCUACUGAAGGACAACACAGAUGGCUGUGCACUGUCUGCACUGCUUCACUUUUACUGUCCUGACUCAGUACCACUAGAAGAUAUCUGUGUGAAAGAAACAAUGUCAUUGGCUGACAGUCUGUACAAUCUUCAGCUGAUCCAGGAGUUCUGCAGAGAAAAUUUCAACAACUGCUGUCACUUCACCCGGGAGGAUAUGCUCUAUGCCUCCAGCACCAUUAAGAAUAACUACCUUGUGUUUAUGGCUGAGCUGUUCUGGUGGUGUGAAGUUGUGAAACCGUCUUUUGUUCAGCCCCGCACAGUCAACACCAAAGUUUCCGACCCAUCCCAAUCCAAUAAAAUGGCACCCAUAACCAAACAAAACCUGAUCCACAGACCAGGCAGUCCAGACCAGUCUAGGUCACAACCUAAAAAUGACAACUCAGCAGAUAUCAGGCAAUCAUCCUCCAUGUCGUAUGUGGAUGGGUGUGUGGGUACAUGGCCAAAAGAGAAACGGUCUUCAGCUCAUGGGAUAUCAUUUGAGAUUCCUCUUGAUGACAACACAAGUCCAUCUUCAGGUUGUCGGCUCAGUCGAUCUGCGAGCACUGAAGGUUUGGGUUUUAAAGUUCACCACACGGCCAGAGGUAUGCGGAGGAACCUCUCAUUCCAGCCAGUUAAUGGAAACACCCACAGCAGAAUACAUGAGGAAGGUGAUGAGGAAUCCAACAGACAUCGCCAGGGAAACUACACUGGGUACUCAAAUGGUGUGUUGUCAGAUAAACCCAGCCCUCCCUAUGACCCUUGCCCUCAGCCUAGCACCCCUAGUAUAGAAGAAGCCCUGAAGAUUAUCCACGACUCGGAGCGACCCCACAGCAGCCUGCAGCCCCCAUCUGGGGACAGCGCCUUUUUCUUGCACAACCCAACAUCCCCCCCUGCUGUUGCUGACCCAAACAAUUCCGAGGACUCCCUCUACAAGGCCAGAGUAGAUGAUGCUGACCUGAAUUCCACCUCCACUGACAUGGAUACUGGAAUCCACGUCCGUACUGAAGACAUUCAAGAUGGACAAGAUGAGGAUUCAUCCUUGAAGGAUUACUCAGACAUGGACCAAGACUAUGAGGCUUGUUCCUGUCCACUUCCGGAGAAUGGCGGCAGUCCAUGCCCAAACCGUUUGGGAAUGCGGUCUCUGGCCACCAGUAUGGCCUCCUCAUUGGGUUCUGCAGUGCAUAUGACUAGCUUUGCCGAGCAGAAGUUCCGUAAACUGAUCCAGGGCGAUGGCCGCAGUAGUGGAAGUGGUGGUAAUACGCCUGAGAGCAGCGAGCUGAAUGUCACAAAUGUGGGAGCAACUGGUACAGCACGCUGUGUUACUCCGGAUGCACGGAGCCCCGCCGGGCUCACGUCACCCCGUGACCCCUCGCAUCUGCUGGCGUCAGAGAUGGUGCAGCUGAAGAUGAAGUUGGAGGAGAAACGCAGAGCUAUUGAGGCCCAGAAGAAGAAGGUAGAAGCUGCUUUCACACAUCACAGGCAGCGCAUGGGCAGGACAGCCUUCCUCAACGUGGUCAGACGUAAAGGAGUCGUGUCACCAGUAGGGGGUGACAACGAGGGCCCAGAUGGUCGGGAAAAGAGGACCAGUGGCCCUCAGCCCCAAAAGACACCAUCAAAUUCAAUUGACUCCAGUUCUACAAUGGAACGGUGUAGACCAGACGGUGCACCUCCAAAAUCACCCCUGGAGGAAGUCAGCUUGGAGGUAGACCUAGCGGAUUACACUCGAUCCAUUGAGCGUCUGAACACGUCUUUGAGCUUCCUGCAAACAGAGAUGCAGCGAUUAGCCCAGCAGCAAGAACGCAUCAUGCAAAUGCGUGACCAGCAGAGUUGGGUGAUCUCUCCGCCGGAUCCAUUGCCACGGAAACAGUUGCGUAGCAGCAGUGUGGUGGGCCGUGGCUCUGUGGGGUCACUCUCCCCCAUCAUGUCAUCCACAGGCUCCCCGCGCACAAUGCAACAUUCACCAUCGGCCAUAAAAAGGAAGUCUGCUUCCUUCCACGCAAGGACACCAAGAACGCCGAGGCCCAACGAACUGAAGGUCACCCCCUUCAGCCGCAUACUCAACACCCAGCAGUCGGUGGACAGCCUGCCUCGACUUAGACAAUUCUUGCCAAGCCAAACACAAACAAGCUCUUUUGCCUACCUGGGACAUGAUGAUGGACCUUCAAGUGAGUGCCACACAACUAAAGAGAAGCCACAAAAGCAAGAGUCCAAAGACAAGCCAUCCUCAGAUGCAAGCAUUCAGAACAAAACAGCUGCUGAUCUGCCAUAUGAUCAGAUAAAGGAGAAGCAAGGAAAAAAGAAAGAAGUACGAGGAGGCAUGAGACAUGAGGAAGACAAAAUCAUGAAUGUGCCGGAACCUGAGGUUUUGCCUCAGACAACAGCAGAACAUUUGGCGGCCACCAGAAACACAUAUGAAGCUGAGUCACAAGAGAAGAAGUAUCUGGUUGAGGUUCCACUCUCUGUGCUGAAGCCUCUGGAUGGACAUUACCUGGAGAGUAGCAAAGAAACAGAGACUGGACCAGAAUCCAGACCAGACCAGAAGAUGUGCUGUGGCUUCUUCUACAGGGAUGACCUAAAGGGUGAGGAUGAUAUUGCACAGAAGAAAGCAGCUCUGAUGGAUAAAAGGUUGCGGAGGGAGAGAGAGAUGCAGAACAAGAAACAGCAACAGGAGGCUGAGAUGGAACAGAAGAAAGAAGCAGCAAAACUACAAGCAGAAGAGGAACGUCAGAAGAAAGAGGAGGAGAAGGCAAGACGGGACUUUAUAAAAAAUGAGUAUAUGAGGAGGAAGCAGCUCAAACUGAUGGAAGACAUGGACAGUGUCAUUAGGCACCGCUCUUCAAGUGUCAAACAAAAAAAUCCACGUCCCAAAUCUAUGCACAGAGACAUUAUGGAGUCUCCAAAACCUCCAGCACCGACAGUCACAGUAUCACGGCAGCGUGGAUACUCCGUGUCCAGCUUGUCACUCGCCUCCCUUAACAUGGCUGACAAUGAGAGUGUCCAAUCUGAUAAGAGGACAUCCAGGCCAGAAUCUGCAGAGGGCUGUUUGUCACCAUGUCCAUCAGUAAGUGGUAAUGGGGAGAACUGGGAACUAGAAUCAACAACAUCAUCUGCGGCUUCCAACACAGAAUACACAGGGCCAAAGCUAUACAAGGAGCCCAGUGCUAAAUCAAAUAAAUAUAUCAUCCAGAAUGCACUGGCUCAUUGCUGCCUCGCAGGCCGAGUCAAUGAGGGACAGAAAAACAAGAUUCUGGAGGAAAUGGAGAAAACAGAAGCCAAUAACUUCCUCAUUCUGUUCCGGGACUCUGGCUGCCAGUUUCGCUCUCUGUACACAUAUUACCCAGAGGCGGAGGAGAUCAAUAAGCUGGCUGGCAUCGGUCCCAAGACUAUCACGCCCAAAAUGAUCGAGAACCUCUAUAAAUACAGCUCUGAUAAGAAACAGUUCAGCAAGAUCCCCGCUAAGACCAUGUCUGCGAGUGUGGACGCCAUCACCAUCUACAGCCACCUUUGGCAAAACAAGAAACAGAGCACGCCCAAAAAACUCCUCAAAUAAAGGGCAGAAUUCUCACCUCACUGGCAGUGAACUGCGAAGUGUUCCUGCCUAUCGGACCUUGGGAUGCACAACCAGAAUGUAACGAAAACACGGUGCAGGUUAUGUUUGAUGUUUAUCUGUGGUAAAUUUGAGAUCCUGUGUUCCACAAUACACACACAUUAUUCCUUGUGUGUGUUUGCAGCACUGAUUGACAUGCUUCUACAAACAUUUGAUUUCAAAUGUUACACUUUUGUGGUCUUGUGCUUGUCUUGUCGUGACUUUUUAUGCUAUGCUUACAGCGCAGUUACAGAAUUUAUAAGCAAGUCAUUGUAUUCUAUAAAGAUACACAACCUGCUUUUGUGAUUCCGGAAAUGCAAGUGUAAACCAAUAAUGGGGACACACUACACUUGAAGACCAACGUUUCUCUAAAUAAGUUAAAGAAGGUCAUGAAGAUAAAUAAGCAUUUAAUAUACUGGAUCCUCAGAAACUGUCUUUGUUUUAUGUAAUGUCUAAGUUUGUUGAUAUUUUGAAUAGGAUUCUUAAUGCUUGUUGCUCAUCAGCUGCUCCAGAGGAAUAUGUGUGUAAAAUUAGCAACAGUAAGAGUACUUUUCAAACUGACUCUUUCCACAAAAUGAAAACACUCAUGCUACUCUGUAUCUGUGAACUAAUGUAAUAAUGGGGCCUUCAACUGGUGAAGUUGAGGAUCAAAAAGAAACAUUUUGCAUUAGAAUUAUAUAUUAAAAAAAACAUUCCUAGAUACAGUAUAUUGCUAUUACUUGUAGUAUCACAAACCAAAAUAUCUGGGUACUGUAUGUUUGAAACAUACAUUUUAGGCAGUUCAGCUUAGCUGACUGUUUGAGUAGAGUACAUUUACAUAUGAAUAUAACAGAGGAAACAUUCUUGAAUAUCAUAUAAUGCUUUCAAAGAUAUGGUGCAUAUUGUUGCUAAAUGAUGUGGCAUUUUUAAUUAUGAACUGCAUUUUAAAGAGCUGGGACAUGGGACAGGCAGAGUCUUGUAACAUUUUGUCUUCUGGUGCAAAAGAAUUGAAAGAUAUUUGUUAUUUUUACUAAGUGAAAUAAAUCAUUGUUUGGAUUUAUUAAUGCUGUACAGAUAUAGUUUUACAUACUAAGCAUAUUUUUAAGCCAUUGAAUAUUGCGGAUAUUUUUCAUAUGAAAAAGAUGUUUAAAAGUAUGGGUCAGUUCCAUAGGAACUUAGGAAGGCCAAAGUGGUGAGAGCUGUUCUUUUCCACACGCUGUUUAAUCUUUUUUCCAGAUCAUGUCCGUUGUGGGGGGGUUUUUUCAUCAUACUCUGUCUGUUUGUAUAUGAAUGCUAACCUCAACAUAAAUACAGAUUUACAU